AAUUAGCAGGUACACAUACAUACAUGCCUCGUUUUCGACAAAUAUAGAUUUCGAUUUGAUCAAAAUACAUGCGUAGAUCUUUAUUACUAUUGAGUCAUUUUUGCAAUGGCGUCAGAAAACGGCAUACACAAUACGGAGUCAGUAUCGUAUUGUAGGUGUAUCAGGAAGUAUAACUGUAAAAUUGCUCUCCGAAAUUGUUCUUCUAGAUUUUUAAAAUGGAUAUCGUAGACAUGGUGUUGGGGAUUUUUGCAUGCUAUGUAUUUACAAUUUUGGUUCUUGUGAUCCGAUGUAUAAUACAGGGCAUAUUUCUUGUGUGCUACGGAGAACUAGAAGAGGAGACCGAGAAUGAGAGAAAAAUGAGACAGUACUCGGUCGAUGUUUUUUCUGUUUUCAUUGAGGACAAUGAGAAUACCAAGGAGAAACAGGAUCAGAACAAGGAAGUCGACAUUCCAAUCAAUCAUGAUGUUUCACCAGGAGGAGGGAUUGAAAAAGAAAAUACUGUCGCAAUAAAAAUCGAGAAGACGGUGAUCAACAAUACAAAUUUCGAAGAAAAGCCUGAAAAUCUUCCCAAAAUCGUGGAGAAUGUCGAGCUUGAGAAAGAUGACCAUCAAGAUGAGAUUACUGUCAAUGAGGUAACAGUGGAAAUGGAUGCUUCUGAUAAUGACCUCCCAAAUGACGGUGAUUUCAAAGAUUGUGCUGAAUCUAAUGCUUAAAUACAGCGGAGUCCUAUCUCCAACUACAAUUACUUAUUAUGUAUAUAUAACAAUGGAUCAUAAGUUAACUUCAUUACUCAACCAGAGAAAUAUUAAAAUUGUAGUCACAUCUUACGUAGCGUAAUAAAUAAAUGGUUUGCA